CUUGCAGAUAAUCUUGCUGCCUUCCACUGUCUUCCACUGUCUUCCAGCUAGCUCCCCCCCGAGAGUGACGUGAAGGCUGGUGGGUGCUGCAUAUCAUCUCAUGCGCGAUGGAUGCCGGUUGAUAAGCCUGAAGGUCUAUCGUGGUCCCUCAUUUCAACUCCCCUCCUUCCUCCCUCUCCCCCUCCCCCUCCCCUCCCUUGGGAUUGUCCGCCCUUGCCGCAAUGGAUUCCGACGAGGCCCCUCCUCCGCCCUACUCCACGGUCGAUCCGUUGCUCGUCCAAGCCAACAACCGAAAUGCCGCUGCCUCCGCGGAGGUGAACCGGGUCAUGGACCGGCUGCGCGGAGGAGACCCGGCCCUAUCUGAUACCCCGUCGAGCCCGGCGUCCACCUCCGCCGGUGGUGAUCUUAUAACGCCUACUACGUCUGCCGCCGCCUUCCCCGCCCACUUCACAUCCGCCGCCGGCUAUUUCACGGAGAGACGCCCUCCGACGACCUCGACCCGGGAAAGACAGGUUGUGGAACACUGCGUCAACAUCUACCCACGGAGCCAGUCGAAGGAUUUUCCGCGCCGCCCUCGCUGCUGGAGCUCCCGGACCGAAGACAUCACCCAGCAGGACUGGGACGUGUUUCUGAGACAUCUCUUCCCCGCACAUCUCGGACUGGCAUCGGUCUCGACGCAAUUGCCCCGCCAACUGAGGGCGGAAAUCCAGCGGGAUCGCAAGGAUCGACCACAGGAGACCGAUGAAGAGCGCAAGAGGCGCAUAGCCGCCGUGAUUGCGGAAUGGAACCAAUACUUCUUCGAGCCCCGCUCGGGCCGCGUCGUCUACGUCUACGUGAUGGACGCUACCGGUGCGCCGCGAUCGUCCCUAUGUCCUCGAUGCUAUCCUGCCGCCACGAAUCGGGCCGCCCAAACGCCCGACGCCGGCCGAAAUCGCCUCCAGCGGCCAAACCCGCCGCCACCAGCUGCAGAGCAGCCAGAGGCACCUCCAGCAGCAAAUCCUCCCUACUCUCCCGGGCCCUAUGCCUACCCGAACUACCCUACACCCCCUACGCCUGCUCCCUACGCACCCUAUCCCCCUCCGGCGUUAUACAACCCUGCCGUCUACCCAGUCCAACCACAGUUAUAUACCUAUCCUGCGCAACCGCCGGCGCCUUAUCAACAAGCUCCGUGGGGGUGGAAUGCUCCCCCAUACGGUGUACCGUACCAGGACACCGGCCCCUCCAAAGGGCCGCUUGGCUGGAUCUCCUCGCUAGCCGAUCAGGCUCAAAGAUACGGCGAGCGCUUCACGGAGCAAGCCCAGCAUUACGGAAGACAGGUGGAGGAACAGGCACUUGCCCACAGUCGCUGGAUCGAGGAGCAGGCCGGCUUCCAAGGACGAAAAAUCAGCGGCUUCGUUAGUCCCCCUCGGGACGAAUGGGCCAACCAUCCCCCCAAGCCUGGAUACUACCAGACCCAGAACGCUUAUCCCCGACCCCCUGCGCCUGUCACCAGCGCCCCCCAACAACCCAUCGCCACUCAGCCCGAUCGGCCCCGUCGAGCCUCAAUCGACUCAGAUGCAUCCGACCAGUCAUUCUCCUCGAUCGAUUCCCUCUCAACAACAUCCGACCUCAGCGCCUCCGACCUCGCCACCGUCCGCGCGCAGCUCCUCUCCCUAACCGACCACCACGACCGUAAACUCUACGACGCCGCCGUGGGCCUCCGCCGCCAGCUCGACCUCCGACAACAAUCCCGCCGACAGAUCCGGGCCGCCGAACGCCCCGGCUGGCGCAAGGGCUGGGGCCGCCGGGACUCCGCGCAACAGCAGCAGCAGAAACAGGCCGAAAAGCAACUCGUCAAAGAAGAGACCCGGGCCACGCGGAAAGCCUUCCGCGAUGUCCUUCGUCGUGCGCGCGAAGAGCAGCGCGAGAAACGCCGCAUGAAGCGCAGCCGCCGCCGCCAGGAACAGCGCGCUCGCCAGUCCCAACGAGACGAGGGUUUGGAUCCCCAGUCCCAGGCCCAGCCGCUGCCCCUAGACCAGCACAUGCAGCAUCUCGAUCUGGAUUCCAAUCGUGAGAGCCGCUCCACCGUCCAGUCUUUCACCUCCUUCCCGUCCCCUGUGCGCUCUGUCGCCGAGUCGGAGAUCAGUGAGAUUAGCUCCAUCAGUACCCCCAGCACGAGGUCUUCGCGGGCCAGCGAGAAGGAGAAGGUCUCUGGGAGAGCGGAGAAGGGUAGUACUGCUGGUACUGAAAAAUCGGCCCCUGCCCCUGAGAAGCAGGCCACGGACCCGGGGAAGUAUAAUCCUCCUACAGAUAAAGACCCCGAUCGACCGGAUCGGGGCCCGUCACGGCGUAAUUAGAACGAGCGCCUUUGAAGAUGGAUGGAUGUCUAUGUUAUUGUCUAUCCAUCUACCUAUUAUUCCUGACAGAACGAUGCAUGAUCGAAGCGGUGAUUCUUUUUUUUUUUGUUUCGUUUAUUUUUAUUUUUUUUUUGCCUUUUGCGGAAGAUUGGGAUACACAGCAUUGAUUUCUUUUCUUUUCUUUUCUUUUCCUUUUUUGGGGCUUUCUUUUCCAUUCUAUUCAUGUAUUAUUGGCCAUUGCACCGGCGAAUUAGUGAUAGUGAUAUCGGGUAUUUAGCAUGCAUACAUACAUACAUACAUACAUGCAUGCAUGCAUGGUUUUAUUUU